AUGAUUGAUCAGACUGUGUUGGACUUCGAACGGAAGUGCAAAGAUUUACAGGAUGCUAUCGAGAAAGGCGGAGACUAUGAUCAACUAAAGAAGACUUGCAAUGAGCUGUUCAAGAGGUUACAUGGCAUCGCUUCACAACUGCCCCCAUAUGACCGAGAGAGAUUUCAUUCCAAGGUAGAUUCUCUUUUAGACACUAUUAGCGCCAGAGAAUCCUCCAAAGAUGCCACACGUAACAGUUUCCGAUUCCAAAAGAAGCCCUCAGUAAAAAAUAAGAAGGCUACAAUGAAUGCUGCAGAUAUGCCUUUCCAUACUAAAAUAGAGACUAUGGCAACCAGGGUUGGAGAGUUAAUAACUAUAAAGAGCUCCACGGCAAGCUAUGAGAAUUUAAACAAGUGCACCUUGAUCAGUGAGGUGGAUGCUGCUGGACACCAAAGCGGUUCAUUGAUUCUACGCAAUAUCAAUAACAGUACCGUUAAAUUAGAGCCGGCACCCUUUUCGAGCGGCAGCAUUCUCAUCACAGAUUGUGAGAACCUGCUCAUAACAUGCAGUACGCCACCAAAAAAUGCCAUUCAAAUGAGGUUGCACAAUCUAUCCAACUGCAAGCUACUCAUAAGGCCGCUUGAUUCAGCUACUAAGCAGGUAAUUGUGCUUGAGAACUGUUUCGACUGUAUUUUCCACAAGACCACAGAGCACCUGUUGAACCUACAGAAUUUCAGCGCGUUAGCCCUGAGAGGCAAGGAUGACAAUGUUGAGGACACAGAUGCCUCCAAAUUUGAGCUAUUCGAUAUUACAGGGUCUACUCAUCAAUAA